AUGAAUCGAAAAUAUAUAAAAAAUGAAAUCAUUUAUUUAGGUAGAAUUAGAUUAAACUUUAAUAUACUCGAUUCAACCAUCAAUCAAAUUAACUUUGAAUCCGUUUGUUCUUGCCCAUCCUAUUUCAUAACAACGAUAAUGGCUCAACGUCUUACAUACAGAAGAAGACUCUCAUACCGUACUGAAUCCAACAAGGUCAGAAUGUAUCGUUUAGGAGGUAAAGAAGUUGUUGAAACUAAUCUAUCUUUCUUUUUACUACUUUAUAGUGUCAAGACCCCAGGUGGAAAGUUGGUUUACCAAUAUGUUGGUAAGAGAGGUCAAAUCCCAAAGUGUGGUGAAUGUGGUGUUGAAAUCGCUGGUAUCAAAGCUAUGAGACCAAUCGAAUUGAAGAAUGCCCCAAGAUGCCAAAGAACCACCGCUAGAGCCUAUGGUUCCUCAAAGUGCCACAAGUGCGUCCGUACCAGAAUCAUCCGUGCUUUCUUGAUUGAAGAACAAAAGACUGCCAAGCUCGUCUACAAGAAGCAACAAAAGGAAAAGAAGGGUUCCAAGUAA